AUGGAGUAUCACGAGCCAUGGCUGACGGAAAAGCAAACGCGCGAGAAGACUUUCCGUGAUGUCAUCGCAAUAUGCAACGACGGCAAAGACUUGACCGGUUUGGGGUGGCUCAUCGACACGACAGGUAUGCCUUCUGGCUCACGAGGUGGUGACUGGAAAGCAAAUUUCGUAAGGCGCCUGAAUGAACCCUUGGGACCAAAUAGCACCAAUGUGGUGAAGAUCGAUAUGCUUCUGCUCAGUAACGAUAACGACUUCUUCGCCCGUCUCAUCAACAGAACGACGCUCAAGGACUCCAACGAGGUCUUUGAGUUCCAGGAAAUCGUCCUUGCUAGUUUCAUACGGGAUGACGGUGUUAAAGGUUGGCGGUCGUUACGGGACGUGGACGCAAUGUCCAAUCGCCAAUAUUCAACAGUCCCUGCUUCGCUACCUCCACCAAAAGCCUCGGCAGUGGCCCCUAUGACGGCGGGGAAGCUGAAGGAAUUCUAUAAAAGAUACAUUGACUGUAUCAAUGAAAAGACAAUGGAACGGGACUUUGACCAAUUUUGCCAGCCGGAGCUUUUGCACAAUGGUCGCAAGCUCUCGAUUGCCGAGUACAUACCUCUGAUCAGCGAGAGCCAAGAUGCGAUUGAGGGCCUCGAAUUCUGUGCCUACCCCGUCAUCGCGGUUGAAGAGACGCAGCAGAUCGCGGCGAGAAUCGAGUUCACGGGGACCCCCGUCAAGGAAUGGGGAGGCGCGAAGCCUAAUGGCGAAGGCGUCUUCUUCGAGGAGUUUGUCAUUUAUCAGCUCGAGGAUGGAAAGAUUUCGAGUGUAUGGUCGGUCGUGGACUUGGAAGCUUAUCGAAAAUGCAUGGGUCCUGUACUCACGUACGAUGAGCACUUGCGCGCACCUCGUGAGAGGAUUUCUGAAGUGGACAUAGACAAAAUUUGGGGUACAUAA